GGGGAAUCAGGGGAAAGUCAGUCGGCCUCCAUCCACAGCUGGGCCUCAGUCGAAGGAGGAAGCGGAAGUGACGCCCUGUGUUCUGUAGUUAGUGAGAGCCGGAAAGACAGAGGCAGAGAGAGAGAGAAAGGGAGAGGAGAGGGGGAAGGGCCGGGCCCGGAGCCGGAGGGAGCCGCGGAGCAGCCAUCACCGCCUCUGCCGGGACCCCAAGGGGAAAGAUGGCCGAAAUCAGUGACCUUGACCGUCAGAUUGAACAACUACGGCGCUGUGAACUCAUUAAAGAGAGUGAAGUCAAAGCCCUCUGUGCCAAAGCCAGAGAGAUUUUGGUGGAAGAAAGCAAUGUCCAGAGAGUAGAUUCCCCAGUAACAGUUUGUGGAGAUAUUCAUGGCCAGUUUUAUGACCUUAAAGAGCUCUUCAGGGUGGGAGGUGAUGUGCCUGAGACCAACUAUCUAUUCAUGGGAGACUUUGUUGACCGUGGCUUCUAUAGUGUUGAAACAUUCUUGUUACUUCUAGCGCUCAAGGUCCGUUAUCCUGACCGAAUCACCCUGAUCCGUGGCAAUCAUGAGAGCAGACAGAUUACCCAGGUGUAUGGGUUUUAUGAUGAGUGCCUGAGGAAAUACGGCUCCGUCACUGUGUGGCGCUACUGCACUGAGAUCUUUGACUACCUCAGCCUCUCUGCUAUCAUUGAUGGGAAGAUUUUCUGUGUCCAUGGUGGUUUGUCUCCAUCCAUCCAAACGCUGGACCAGAUCAGGACGAUAGACCGCAAACAGGAGGUGCCUCAUGAUGGUCCCAUGUGUGAUCUUCUCUGGUCUGAUCCUGAAGACACUACCGGUUGGGGCGUGAGUCCUCGAGGUGCAGGCUAUUUAUUUGGGAGUGACGUUGUGGCACAAUUCAACGCAGCAAAUGACAUUGACAUGAUCUGCAGGGCACAUCAGCUGGUCAUGGAAGGGUACAAGUGGCACUUCAAUGAGACAGUUCUUACUGUGUGGUCUGCUCCCAACUACUGUUACCGAUGUGGGAAUGUGGCAGCCAUCUUGGAACUGGAUGAACACCUUCAGAAAGAAUUUAUCAUCUUUGAAGCAGCCCCUCAAGAAACUCGAGGGAUCCCAUCUAAGAAACCUGUUGCGGACUACUUCCUGUGAAUGCGUCUCCCAUGUCCCCCUUGUGCGGCUUCUGUUUUCUAUCUUGGCGGGGGUGGGCAGCCCCUCUUUCAAGUUUGGGCAGGGUUCAGAUCUCUUCCACCUUCCCUUUCCCCUCCCUGAAGCCCAAUAAACCCUCCGUUCUGGACCCCUUAGGCUGAAACGGGCAUAUUUUUCCACAAGACUGAAUCCUUGCUGGUCCCAUUAUGGUCUUUUCACGCUGCCCUAAUUUGUAUUGUCCAUACUGCUUGGGACUUUUGGUCAUUGAGAAAACCCUGAAAACUCUUGCUCUCAGAUCACACUAAGAUCCAAGCUCAUAACGGAGAACAGAUCUGUAGAUCUUCAGGGUUUUGUACAGGAGUGGCUGACGGCUUCCUUGCCCAGCUUUCUGACUCAUCUGCCAUGCUUCUCUACUUAUUAGAAGGACUGGAAAUUAUUAGUAGAGAAUAUAUAUCUGAUGGAACUGGACUUGGAAAUAGAGGGAUCAAGUGGCCAAAGAAUAUCUAAAGCUGUUAGGAGGACCAAAUCUCCGGAUUAGUUCUCUAGUUCUGUGCCACUUAGGUGCCUCCUGGUUCAUUCGUUUCUGAUCAGCUGGCCUUGGAACUCUAUGGUUUUGGUGCCAUUCCAUAACUCUUAAGCAGAGAAUGAAAGUGCUUCAAACAUUGUCUGGUUGCUGGAAGACCUGACAUCUUGGUUUCUUGGCACUUUGAAUUAAAAUACAUGAUGUAGAGUGAUCUAGGUUAGUGGUUCCUUUGUGUGCCGCCAACUCCAUUCCCAUUGUCCUCCUUAAAAAGUGUUUUUUUUUUGCCAGUAGAAUAUUUGACUGUCUCCAACUUACUGUACUAGAAAGUCCUGAUUUUUCAACAUGUAGUAGUCCUUCAGGGAAUUGGAGGUUCCAGAUUUUUCUAUAGAAUUCAUUCAAGUAUGAUGAAUUUAUUAAAUAUUUUAUUGGCAGAUCCGUAUACUGGUUUUCCUCCUUCCUGCCCCCUUCUCCCUGAACUGAGGAGACUGGGACCAUAUCACAGCAAUCAAUUUGACCAAUAGGGUAUGUUCUCUUAUCUUUUCUCCUUACAAUAUCUGGCUCCUUGUGGGGAUAGUGUCUCCAAAUCCUAUCCAAAUGCAGGUUCGAAUCUCUCUUCUCUUCAUUCUUAGGAAGGGAUGUUCAAUCCAGAUAUUUUAGAAUUAAAGGGAGAGGGAACUUCCUGCCACUUUCCCCAUGUCUAGGAGGGGCUUUUUCCUCUCAUCUCUAUGAUAUGUCUCUUACUCUGAUUUUAUUUUAUUUUCAUUUGGGUUUUUUUUCCUAUUUACAAUUUUAGAUAAAAAAUUCUAAUAAAACUCAGAAAAAAACAGA